GGUGUGCAGCUCAGCCUUUCGACAGAUAAUCCACCAUGGCUCCGCGCGCAUACUCCAAGACCUACAAGGUCCCACGUCGUCCAUUCGAGUCGGCUCGUCUUGACUCCGAAUUGAAGUUGGUCGGCGAAUAUGGCCUCCGCAACAAGCGUGAGGUGUGGCGUGUCAACCUGACCCUCUCCAAGAUCCGUCGUGCUGCUCGUGAGCUUCUUACUCUUGACGAGAAGGACCCCAAGCGCCUGUUCGAGGGUAACGCCUUGAUUCGACGACUAGUCCGUGUUGGUGUGCUCGACGAGUCCCGCAUGAAGCUCGAUUACGUGCUUGCUCUCAAGAUCGAGGAUUUCUUGGAACGCCGUCUCCAGACCUGUGUCUACAGACUUGGACUCGCCAAGUCCAUCCACCACGCCCGUGUUCUCAUCAAGCAAAGACACAUCCGCGUCGGCAAGCAAAUCGUCAACGUCCCAUCCUUCGUUGUCCGACUUGACUCCCAGAAGCACAUUGACUUCUCCCUUACCUCUCCUCUUGGUGGUGGUCGCCCAGGCCGCGUUAAGCGCAAGAAGAUGAAGGCUGCCGAGAAGGGUGAUGGCGAUGAUGAGGAUGAAGAUGAGGAGUAGAUGAU